ACGUCUGUCAAAAUCAUCUAAUCGCUCAUCGCAAGAAAAAAAAAAUAAAAUAAUUCGCAAGGAACCCAAAAUUCAGAAUGGCUUGCAAGAAAAUCAUCUCGGAUUUGCAUCUUUUGACCAAAUCUCCACUUAAAGUGGCUGCCAUUGGAAGUGCCAGACAAUUCUCAUCAAAAAAUGAUCUAGACAAAGUCACACACACUGGCCAAGUCUUCCCAAAGGAUGACUAUCGUAAUGUUCGUUUCACAAAUGCCACACGUUAUGUUAAUGAGAACUGGGGUAUUAAGUUGAUCGAUGAAAUUCCACCAAAAGAAUGCACCGAACGUGUUGUCUAUUGUGAUGGUGGCGAUGGUCCAUUGGGUCAUCCAAAAGUUUAUAUUAAUUUGGACAAACCCGGAGCACACAUCUGUGGAUACUGUGGAUUGAGAUUUGUUAAGAAAGGUGGCCACCACUAAGUAGACACUUAGGCAGGUGUUUGUUGUAUAAAAUAAAUAAAUCGGAAAAUAAACCAAUGAAACUUUA